GUAUAUCGCAAGUUCAUUGAAACAAGUAGAACUGGCAAUUCGAACCAUAACAACAAGUCGAAGAUGGAGGUCGCUGCGGGGCUUAGGUCAGGGAAAAGUGUGCUUAUUUUGUCCUUAGUUGUUGGCUGCUUCGCUUUAUUAUGGCCAAGAAUAUUCUUCCCCAUGCUGCAGUCCUCAUUCACCCCUGCGCCUCCGGAAACGACUAAUGAAGCUGCCAUUACUGGCACCCGACCUCCGAGCAUUCUGCCCUGCUGCCACCCGGUGCCGUUCACCAAGGAGCGCAAUGCGCUCUUCUUCACGGAGCUGUGUCGGCGGCUGUCGUGGCGGGCCGACCGCAGCAGCGCCGAGACUGCCUCGCUGCACCUACCGCCCGAGCCGCGGCCGGACAUCUGGACGCCGGGCCUGGCCGGCUGGUGCGCCGACGAGCUGUGGCGCGCCUGCGGCGUGCAGCUGGAUGAGCCGGCGCUGGAGAAGUUCCGCCGCGCCGCCGACGACCCGCCCACCAGGAACCUGACGGGCUGCCUGGAGGGGACGUUCGGAGUGCGGAGGGCGGACGUCCGGCCGCCACGCGGGAUCGAGCUCACCGCCGCCAACCAGCUGCCGGCGGGCCGCAGGGUUCCCGUCCACCCGGGACUGCGCGGAGACCUGCCGCCCGCCGCCCAGGCUCACCUACACGACAUCAACCGACAGCCGAAACGCAUCAUGGACCGAAUGGGACGGCCGGGCCCCCAGCCGGGGAGCCGUCCCACGCCGGGCGGCUACGGCGCCGUGCCGCCGUCCACCAAGGGCAGCAGCACCAUGGGCAUCAUCAUGCCCAUCUACACCAUCGGCAUCGUCGUCUUCUUCGUCUACACCAUACUCAAGGUGAUGUUCAAGAACCCGGACCCGUCGGAGAGCAAGGAGCCCAUCAUUCCCGACUACCACCUGUCCACCGAGUACCGUUCGUACGGUUACCACUCCGGCUCGGGCCGCUCGGCGGUGGACGGCGCGCCGGCCGGCCGCUGCCGCCCCGUGGUCGUGCGCCGGCCCCCGCCCGAGCCUGAGACCCCGCCGCCCAGACAGAAGGCGGCCGUCACCGCUGCUGCCGCGCCUGCUGCCAACUCUGUCCCCGCUGCCGCAUCGGCGCAGACCCGACCGGAGGACGCCGAGAUUGACCAGUUGCGCCGCCGGCUGGAGGAGACCGAGAGAGCCAUGGAGCGCAUCAUGAAACAGAUGAGCACCGUCUCGGAAAAACUGAACGUCGCCAAGAUCAGCUCCAACAUCAAGGCCAUCAAACAGGAUGAGCCUGAUGAUGGAGAGGAGGAAGUUGAGGAUCAGCUGCCCUCUGAUCAGGAGUCAGAGCAUCAGGAGCAGGAGGAGGCCGAUCCGGAGGAUCAGGAGGACCUGUGGGGCUCCACCGACUCUGUGGCCUCGGACAGCCUGGCGUCGGAGCGCUCACUCUCCAUGGAGUCGCUGGCACAGACGGAGGCGUCUCUGGCUUCACUGGAGGAGGACGUUGGCAAGGCGGCCCAGGCGGUGAACAAGAAGAAGGGCUCCAAGGAGAAGAACGGCCACGCGGCUGCCAACGGCACCAAGGCAGACGUGGCGGGACGGAGGCGGGUCCAGGAGCUGAAGUCGUGAACCGACCGACGGACGAGAAGGAACGAGACGGUAGAGGAGAGGUCGGUGGGGUCUGCGUGUGGCGCGACACUGUUCGAACUGUCGAUGGUUCGCCCGGCCCGGCGUGAGGUCCCUGAGGAGAGGGAGCAGCGCCCAGCCCGGCGCCGGGAGUGAAAACGUGGCCGAGGUGGUGGGACAGGUCGCCGGUACAUUUGGACCGUACGUUCAGAAGGUGGGGUGUUGAUGACAGUGCUGCCGGGAAGGCACGCGCCACUCGUUUGGAGUAAACCGUGUGGUGUGUGUGGGGUUACCAUUUUGUCAAAAUCAAAUUGAUGGCGAUUGUAUUAUCCCCACCCGUAAUACUCACCCGUCCGUAUCGGCUUCUCUGAUCUGAAUUUACCUCAGUCAGUCAAAGUUUCAGCGUCAGUGCUCACUGAGACACAUGUACCGAACUGUAUCCACAUCGGAAUGGCAGGGCUGCUCUAGUCACCAUAGUGCUUUCGUUUUGCAGCUGAGUUGUGCAUUUUUAGGGAACGCUUUACUUUGUGUGUAUGUACGUUUUUGUGGCUCGCUUUAUGAGGCAUAUUUACCGGAUUUUUUAGGUUCCCGUGUAAGAACUUUUUAUUUCUUUUUACCAGUUGCAGUUUUAAUUUAGAUGCCGUACAUCUAUAUGCGUAGUCACUAGUUUCUAGUGCCUUUUCAGUUUGUGAGUUUCUUUAACCUGGUAUUGUCGUGAUACUGAAGAAUGUUAGUGUUCACAUACCUACUUACUACCCCGACAAUCUAGUCAUGGCAUGCGGUUCGUAAUGCUCGCAGUGGAUGUAUGUCUGUAAUCUGUAUGUGUGCGUGUACGGACAUACCGGAAUCUCCCGAUCAACGUGACGACAUUCGAUACCAUGAGCGUUGUCAAGCUAACAUUUUUCAUGUUUGUUAUCAUGACAUGAUCAGUAAGAACAGGUAUACGUCUCAGCAGUUGCUGGCCGCUGAAACCUACCACGUGGCGUCACUUGUCGUCGUGUUACCGCGUCGAGCACACCCGCUGGACAAUUGUUGUUCCGCCGCGUUAGUAAUGCCGGUUUGUGUGCGUGUGUGUAUGUCAUUGUAUCUCGCCUCGGACUGUUAUCUCUUAUUGGGCGCUGUACUGGAACCCUCGUGGAGCGACCGAGCUCUCAGAGUGUGAAGUACGUUACGGGGAGCCGAGCCGACCCAGUGGUAGGGGCCUCCCCGGCCGACGGUUAACGGUUCGUCAUUGCGCAUGGACACGAUUAGUGGGAACAUCUGGCUCGGAGGGUCGGCCCCGGCUAGUCGGAUGUAUAGUGCGAGUCUGGUCUGACGCUUUAUCGAGACAGAUAUCCUUUACACGGUGAUUUUUGGUGCACGGAUGCGCGAUCACCACUAACGUCUAGUCACAUGUGCAAUACACCGAGAUAAAUACAGACGUUACAAUAAUA